UGUGUGUGGUGGGAGGUGGUUUUACACCAAAAGGGAAGAAUCAAAAAGUCUAAACUUUCUUCUUUUCUCUCUCCUGAGAGGAGGAGGAGGAGCAAAAAGGGAGUGGAGGGAGAGAUAAAAGCUGGUAAAAGCAGCAGAGCUUCAGCUACAGGAUUAAACACUGCACUGAGCUGAGCUGCAGCGCUACUACUGCAUUAGUAUUAUUAGAGUAUACAACUCGAACUGCGCUGAGAUCUUCUCAGAUCUUCUUAGAUCUUCUCAGAACAUUUAGAUCGGACCUGGAUUUCUUCUAUUUUCUUCUUUUUCACAGAUAUAUAGAGUAUAAAGUGAGUGAUAGUAUCAGUUUCAGCUUUUUUUACAUGGUGGAACAGAGCUACUACAGCUCUAUAUUUACACCUCUGCGCUCUCUCUCCGGAUAAUUCCACACCUUUAACCAGAGCCCGAGCUCCAUCUGAACACGCCCUGACACAUCAGAUACGGGGAGCCGGGGGAAGCGACUCCCAGAGCCCGGCUGGACUGAUUCACAUGCUGCUGCUGCUGCUGCUGCUGCUGCUGCUGGAGGAGAACGGAGAUACGAGGUUUAUCAUAAAACAAUAAAUCAAAAAAAUUAAAAAUAAAAAGAACAUCAUAACAAAAUUCCAACAUGAGCAGGAAAACUCGCCGCUGGAUUUUUCACAUCUUCCUCUGCCUGGGGAUUAUUUACCUGAAAAUUGGCGGUUUCUCGUCCGUGGUGGCUCUGGGAGCGAGUAUUAUCUGUAAUAAAAUCCCCGGCCUGGCUCCCCGACAGAGGACUAUCUGCCAGAGCCGACCCGACGCCAUCAUAGUGAUCGGAGAGGGAGCUCAGAUGGGGAUCAAUGAGUGCCAGUUCCAGUUCAGGAACGGCCGCUGGAACUGCUCAGCGCUCGGGGAGAGAACUGUCUUUGGAAAAGAGCUGAAAGUGGGGAGUAAGGAGGCUGCUUUCACCUACGCCAUCAUCUCGGCGGGCGUGGCCCACGCCAUCACGGCGGCCUGCACUCGGGGAACGCUGAGCGGCUGCGGCUGCGAUAAGGAGAAACAGGGUUUCUAUAAUCAGGACGAGGGCUGGAAGUGGGGCGGCUGCUCCGCCGACAUCCGUUACGGCCUCAGCUUCUCCAAGGUGUUCGUAGACGCCCGAGAGAUCAAGCAGAACGCCAGGACUCUUAUGAACCUUCAUAACAACGAAGUAGGACGUAAGCUCCUGGAGAAGAACAUGCGACUGGAGUGUAAGUGCCACGGCGUCUCCGGCUCCUGCACCACCAAGACCUGCUGGACGACGCUCCCGAAGUUCCGGCAGCUCGGCUACAUCCUGAAGGACAAGUACUUCCAGGCGGUUCACGUGGAACCGGUCCGAGCGAGCCGAAACAAGCGGCCCAAGUUCCUGAAGAUCAAAAAACCAUAUUCCUACAGAAAGCCCAUGGACACGGACCUGGUCUACAUCGAGAAAUCUCCCAACUACUGCGAGGCGGAUCUCAUCACCGGCAGCAUGGGGACGCAGGGGCGUAUCUGCAACAAGACGGCGCACCAAGCCAACAGCUGCGACCUGAUGUGCUGUGGGCGGGGCUACAACACGCACCAGUACUCGCGGGUUUGGCAGUGCAACUGCAAGUUCCUGUGGUGCUGCUACGUCAAGUGCAACACCUGCAGCGAGAGGACAGAGGUGUACACGUGCAAAUGAUCCAAAUGAAUUCAUUCAUUAGUUUAAUUUACUCAAGAAAACAUCGAUACGGUGCUUUCUCGGACGUAUCGCGUGGAAGUGUUGGAGGGUCUGGAGGGUCUGAGAAGGUCAGAAUCAUGGGAGCAUCAUCGGGGUACAGCCUACUGGGUACUGAGUGAUGUAGAUCCAUGGCUUUAAGGCUCCUCCUUAAGAAAGGAGAAACAACUUGUUUGCACAAGAUGAGUUCUCCGUUGUUGGGUCUCCAUUGUUGGCCAGGGACCAUACAUGUACAGUAUGUACAGUAGAGUUGGAGUUGGAGCAUGGAGGAGGUCCAAUAGAAAGGAACAAGAGAUCCUUGGUGCAGAUCUUUUGCCUUGGCACCAAUGGACCAGUGCUCCAAUGCACCAAUGGACCAAUGGACCAAUGGACGUCUUGCAAAUAUGGCCAACAAUGAUGGUUCGACUCCAACUCCAAGUCCAAGGAAAUUCCAGGAAAGUUUGUUUUUUGCGACAAUAAGAACGAAAAAAUGCUGGGAAACUUGGGAAAGUUGGGAAAGUUGAGAAAAGUUGGAACAGUUGGUCCUUGGGCGUUGACCUUGGCCACAUCUGGAGAUCCUUAUUAGUGAAUGAGCUGCUUAGUGAACCUUUAAUGGACCUUAAAACAAAAAUAAUACAGUAAUUGUGAACUGGAUGGAUAGUUUUGGAUCGUUUUAUUCUUAUUCUGAUGGACUUCCGAUGGAAAGCGUACUGUUUGUGGAUGACGACGGUGAUAUUUAACUUUUUAUUUAGAGAAAGAAAGGCUAAUAUUAAUUUAUUUAAUAAUAAAACUACUGAUUUUGUCUUUCGUUACGUGAGUUACGGUCCGUUUUCACCAUUAAAUAUUGUGUGUAAUUGUGUUCCUGUGUAUGUAACCAGCUCUCACACUCGAUCCCACGAGCCUGUGCUUUAUAAUUAAUGUACUGAGUGUAAAACAAACAUCAAACAAACAGACAAACAAACAAACACAAUACAUUACAUUGUGCAUUAUGUAUCACUGGUGCACGUAAACGUUCUAAACGUUGUGUAAAGUUUUAAGUUUUGCACCAUUGAGUUUAGUUGAAACUUGUUUUUUAUUUUGCCUCUACUGUGUUUUGUUCUUCCACCUCAGCUCUCAGCACAAUGCAAUUUCUAUAUAUAUAUAUAUAUUUCUAUACAUAAAUAUGUAUUUAUAUUUAAAGAAAAAAUAAACACUGGAAAUAUCAAUGAAAAAAAAACAUUCCUCUUGAAGGCUAUCUCCUUUUAAAAUGAACCAAUGAAACGUAUUCCCCCAUUAAUGUGAAUGUGAAUCCACACACACUGCAAAAAAACAAAAACAACAAAAUCCUAGCAAGUGAAAUUAAUUUUAAUACUAAUUUUAAUGCAAUUCCUUGAAAAACAGCAUUGAGUGUAAGUGUAAGAUUAUUGUGCAUACUUUAGGAAC